CUCUUAGGUCUUGCGCUUCAAAAAGUUCCACAAAGAGGAAUACGCAGCCAAGUCGGGAUAGGAACCAAGUUCAGUUACAGUCUACAAAUGGAAAGAAGCCGCUGGCCGUGUUUCUUCAUAUUGUUUUUCUUCCCCUUCCUUCGAGGUUACGAUGAGACAAUUGAAUAGUUGACGGAAUUAGAAAGGCGACAACGACAUGGACCCGUAAUGACAUAUCCCAGCCACUUGCUAUAUUAGUGAGGGUUUCUUCUGACAAAUCUACACAUCACAAAGUCACCGCAACAGUCUACCAGAAUGUUUAAGAGGACUUCAUGAUUCCUUCUGUCGAAGAUAUGUAUGGCGAUGAAGAUUUCAUCUUCCAGCAGGACCUAGCCCUUGCUCAUACCGCCAGAAGCACCAAAACCUGUUUUGAUGCCCAUGCCAUCACUGUGCUUGACUGGCCAGCCAACUCGCUGGAUCUCAACCCCAUUGAGAAUCUAUGAGGUAGCUAGCUAUCCAGGAGGUUUGACAAGAUGUCCACCCAUAACAUCCACCAGUCCUACAAACGGGAGAGGAAAAGCAGUUUCUUCAAGUUGAUUGAGUCCUUUGCCUUGGAAAUCGGCACAUUGAAAAAGGAGAUGUGGAAAAAGCCUGAGACAACAGAAGAGCAAAAGACAGAUUCAAUGCAUGGGCUGGGUGAAGAAGUGGGGGGUCUCUUCCUACAAGCAACCCCCUGUGCUGACAUGGGGACUGGACUGGCUGGAGUGAGAGAUUCAGGCUAUGACUCUCUCCAUCGGCGACUCAGUGUUUUGGACAGAUUGAUCAGUACACAUUCUGUGUGGCUCCAACUUGACCUAAGCCAUCAAAAUGCCAUAAAGAUACUACAGAACCAAACAACUGGAACAUUUGUGGUGAGGAAGUCAUCAAGCCUGCAGAAAAAGGUCAUAUCGUUACGCAUGGACAAGAACUCCCCAGUUCCUGUGAAAGACUUUGUUGUCAAAGAGAGCCAGUACACUUUCUCUUUGGAAGCAUCUGGCCUGAGCUUUGCAGACCUGUUUCGUCUUGUAGCUUUCUGCUGUAUCAGCAGGGAUGUGCUUCCCUUUACCUUGAAGCUGCCAGAGGCCAUCGCUUCAGCCAAAACUUCUGCUGAGCUUGUGGAGGUCGCGAAACUUGGAGCAGGUUUCUGGGACACUCAAUUGUGCCAUAAGAGGAAUGGUUCUGCCUUUUUAUUGGGUCCCACAGCUCCAGACAGACCACCUCCACCUGGCCAGCUACCACUCUCAGUUCCACCCACCCCAGGCCGCCCUCGACUUCUAACUCGCACCCCUUCAGAGCUUGAGUGUUGCCAGUCCAAUGGGGCACUGUGCUUCAUCAAUCCUCUUUUCAUUAAGGUUCAUCAACUAGACCGCAACCACAGCCCUAAAUCAAAUUCUUCUAGUUUGAAUAACAAACCUCUAAACCAUAGCACAGAAACAAACACACUGCACUUCAGCGGUGACCAGCCUGAAGGUUGUAACUCUCAUAUCAGUGACAGCGAACUGUCAAAUGAAAACAAAUCUCAUAGUCUUGGCAUCAAUACAGACCUACAAACUCAAAAGAAGCAAAGUGGUGAAGACUCUCCGUCACGGUCUCCACCAACCCGUCCACCUCCACCUCGCUUUGCAACACAGCAAUCAGGCCUUCCUGUCCGGCAACAAAGUAUGCCAGAGAAAAUUUCCUGGAUCAAUGUCCCCAAGGAGAAGGGUGAAGAGAAGGAGCGUAGCAGUAGUCUCUUAUCCCGUCUUGGUUCAUCACUUAGUAUCAGCCCCUCAUCAUCCCCGCCGAAGAGACUCAGCAUUAGCUCCCCUAUUUCCAUCCCCAGGCCUUCUCUGCCCAUCUCUUUAUCAUCCCUAUCAUCCUCGCCUCGAAGGGCCAAAUUGUCACCAUCUUCCUCACUGGAGGAUGCCCAAUGUCAUCUGGCACUAGAGGACAAGACUAUUGAAAAGGCCCUUCUUAAGGCCAAACUAUCCCAGCAGAACGGUGGCAAAGCUUGCAUCCAGCCCUGCAGCAGUCUUCCAGAUUCCUCCCUAAUGACUAUAAGCAAACAAGCAGUGCGAGGAGGAGGUGGAGGAGAAGCAGGAGAGGAAGGCAAGGGGGUUAGCCAGCGUCUGAGUGACAUGAGCAUUUCUACAGAUUCUUCGGAUUCCCUAGAUUUCUCUCAGUCCUCAGCUUUCUUCCUUCCUCCUCUACAUGACCCAAGUCCACCUACAGUGGCUGAUUUUAACGCCCACCUCCCCCUUUCACUACCCUCGUCCCAUCUUCUUUACUGCAGCAUGGAGGAAGACGAUGACGAGGAGGAGGAUGAAGAUGAAGAGGAGCCUGAUUAUGGUGUCGGCCUGGAGAGUGACCAGGACCAAGACCAGGACCUGACAAUGAUACCGCCUGGGCACAGGAUAAGACGCCGGCCAAGUGCCAGUGCUUUGGUCCUUCAGAAAGCACUUCGAGGUCAUCUGCGCAAGAUGAGUGGCGUUUUUAACUCACUGUUGACACCUGAAAAGAGAGCCAUUCGCAGGGUGGUCGAAUUGUCCAGGGAUAAAGGCUCCUACUUCGGCUCCCUGGUGCAAGACUACCUGAGCUACAUGGGUGAGGGUGCGGGCACCCCGACUUGGCAAAGCUUCGCCUCUGGACUGGAACUACUUCAGACUCUCCGUCAGUUUAUAACUCAGAUGAAGAGUUACCUGCGACAAAGCUCAGAGCUGGGUUUGCCCAUCGAGAGCCUCAUACCUGAAGACCAAAUAGACCACGUCCUAGAGAAGGCCAUGCACAAGUGUGUUCUGAAGCCUCUCAAACCGAUGGUUAGUGCCGCACUGCAGGAGUUCCAGGUGCGCAGCGGGGAAUGGCAGGAGCUGAGGGAGAACAUGUCUUUGGCGAAAGCUCGGCAACCGCAGGACAUGGGUGUGGAUGACAUGGUGCCACCAGAUCCGAUAGCUAUAGAGAAGAUCAAGUACAAGUUUCACACCAUGUGCAAGCUGUACUCUCCAGAAAAGAAGGUCACUAUGCUGCUGAGGGUUUGCAAACUCAUCUAUACCAUCAUGGAGGACAAUUCAGGGCGUCUGUAUGGUGCGGAUGACUUCCUGCCGAUGCUCACCUACGUGUUGGCCCAAUGUGACAUACCACAGCUGGACAAUGAGAUACUUUACAUGAUGGAGCUACUGGACCCCUCGCUGCUUCACGGAGAAGGUGGCUAUUAUCUGACCAGUGCAUAUGGAGCAAUGUCUCUGAUCCGAAACUUCCAGGAGGAGCAGGCAGCCAGGGUGCUGAGCUCUGAGACCAGGAAUACACUUCACCAGUGGCACCAUCGACGCACCACCCUGCACUCUGCGCCAUCCUUUGACGACUUCCAAAAUUACCUGCGGGUGGCGCUGCAGGGACUAGAUAGCGGCUGCACGGCUAAGACCCUCCCUGUCCGACCCUUCGCCACUGUGGAGGAGGUGUGUCAGCUGUGCGCACUAAAGUUCAAAGUGUCAAACCCCGACAGCUAUGGCUUGUUCCUGCUGACGGAGGGCAGCAGUCAGCAGCUGGCACCGGACACGCAUCCUCAGAAGAUCAAGGCGGAGCUCCACAGCCGCCCCCAAGCUCCCCCCUUCUAUUUUGUUUACCGCCGCUUGGCCAAUCGCAGCACCUCACCGUCAACCCCUCUGGAGUCUUCGCCCAGCCCCGACAACCACACUUUGACCUCUGAACACCAGGCCAACCUAAACGACCUCAAUCCAGAGUCACCCGCCCCCUCCCUCGAUUCAGAACUCAAGACUGUCACGUUAAUGGAGACUCCUUAUCAGGAAGACUGCAACUGGACAGCGUGCCUGACCGACAUGCUUCACUGAGACCCAGCGUGUCCGACAGAACGUCGGCUCGUGAGGAGCACACCACAGUGCUUCUACGAGUCCAACUUCUCCUUUUGGAUGUCACACUCGACAUCCUCUGUGCAGAAAGUUUUAGCAGACAGACAGACAAGAUGGAAGGAAGAGCAAUGACAGAAGUGAAAGUUCGUUUUUUGCCUUUUUUCUACUUGGUUCCUGUGAACCAACCAUGACAGGCAACACUUAUUUUCUUUUGCUCAGAGUCUAAUUACAUAGUGCAUUGUGAUUUAUUGCUACAUUUUAAUUUAAAAUAAGAAAACAAUACAUUAGUCAGCAUUACGUUAGACCUAACCACAAGGUGCAGAUUCAAGGUCCAACUGUUGUUGAGUGGGACAUAUAGGGGAAUCUGAUCUGAAAUAGGACACCAAUCUUAUAUCACUGCUGUAAAUAUACUGUACAGCACCUUGUCAGUCGAUGGGUUCUAAUUAUUUCUUACAGUUGCUGGUAAACUGGUUUUGAUCCUGUCUGUUUUGUUUGUAUUUGAGCCACCUUGUGGUGGCUGAGGUGUACUCCCAAGUGUCAGAACAAGGGGGGGGGGGGGUAGUCUUGGUGUUUUCACGGCAACCUUCCUGUAUAAAAACUUAGAUUUCUGUAUUUACUCUUAAGUAGAAAUGAAUAUGCUGUGCAUAAACUUGACAUCUUCAUCCUCAUUUCUAUGAAUAAGAUAAGUAAUUAAUGCAAGUGUUUGUAAGUGUACAUUAUGAAAAUCAAUGGUUGACAUUGAAUAAACAGUGUAACAGCGUUUGGAUUGUAAUGUCGAUAAUACAUGCAAUUCUGCCAGUAACAUUUCUUUAUAUAGAUUAACAUGUUGAAAUCAGACUUGUCUGUAAUGGAGGCAUUAUUGCAGUUAGCUACUGAAUAAUCUUUAUUUGCGAAAAGCUUUUUAAGGCCAGUUUUAUAAAGAAUCAUUUGUGCUUUGAACUGAUGAGAGACCACAUAUACAAUGAAUGAUGGUUAAGAUAAUUGUACACAUUUUGAAAGCUAACCACAGGUAUGGAGACAGCAGCAGGAGAGGCAGUGUUGCAACAAACAUCUGCAUUCAGUAUUAAGCUCGGUACUGUCUGUCUAAAACUACUUGAAAUGGAUUUUGUGGUUUCCCAAUACUGGAGUUUGCGUAAAAUAAUAAUACUAACGCUCUGUAUUGUAAUGACACAUUAGAGUGGUCAAUUACAAGAGAGAAAGAAACCUGGCACCUUGUGUUUCUUGUAACUAUGUAGCACCAUGCAUAUCUCUGGGAACCAAGUGUUCACAUCUUUACAUUUCGUUGGUAUGUUUUUGUUAAACUGAAUUGACUAAUAUCCAUCAAAGUGAAUAUAUUUAUCUGUGCAGGGAUUUUUUUCAGAUUGCUUCCCCCCCCCGUAAUAUUCUUUAUGGUGUCAGUGUUUGAUUGCACCCUAGAAAGCAUUUGUGGCCAUUCAGUACAAUAAUAAAGAUUAUUUUGCACAAAG